AUGUCCUGGAUGGGAAGUACAAUUCAAAAGCUGGGCAGAGCCACGCUCCUUGCUGUGCGCGGAAAACCCUUGGCUCCGAUGGCAUCAACAAGCUACACCGUCCGCCAAUUAUCCCAUGCCGAGCGACGAGCACGCGGUCCCACUGUGCGGCGUUAUGGAUACGAGGACAAGAUCUUUAAGAGCGGACUACUGCCCCAUGUGGACAACGGACAUAAGCUGCCCAUGCCGGUGUAUCGCCCGAAGAACGCCUGGUCAAAGAAACGUGCCCUGUUUGGCCAGAACGACUACAUCGACAUUCUGGGCAACGAUCGUCUGCAUCCCGUCAAGGUGCUCUACUCCCUGCCAUCCUGGCUGCGCGGCGUCUCCGGUAAUGAGUACCAGGUGCUUCUCCGUAAGCGUAAGCUACUCGAGAAGUCCAAGUAUCCAAUCGCACGGCCCACCAAGUGGCGGGAAAUGGAGAAGCGCAUCCUGUACUUGUACAGGUUCCUCAACCGCAAGACCAAGACGGGGUAUUCACAUCAGUAAAACCAUUAGAAUCAAAUAAAAUAUUUUGUUUAAUCUGA